CAAAUUGGAUGUCUUAAAAUGGCAAAAGCGAAGAUAAAUCUGUUUAUUUUUCUUAUAACCUUUGUUGUUCUAACUAUUACCUCGAUUUUAUGGAAGCAUAUUUUGUGGAACACUCUUUUUUAUAUCCCUGGAACACCACAUGACGCCACGUCUAUCAACAUUAGAAUAGAAAUGUGCAACAAAUCCAUAUCCAUGAAGUCCAUAAUUCCCAUUAAAAGCUCAAGCCAUUUUGCGGUGUCUGCAUUCAUUGAUCACAGGAUCAAUAAAGCUAUUCGAGUAAUCAGCAUAAUCAAAAGAAACAGUACACAGCCACUUUACUGUCUAUAUUGCAACAAUGACAAAGUGUGUAAGUUUACUAAGGCUGAAAUUGAUAUACACUCAGAUCAUUUUGGUUUCCCAUUUGGUGCCUCAGAUGUACUGUGCCGGGGCGAUAACACCCAAUAUGCAACACACAUUGCCCUUACAGCGAAUGCAGCAGAUGAAGUCUCAGACAUUAAUAACCUAGACUUCCUCCCAAUAAAGAACAGAGUUAGUAAAGAAUCAUUCAAGUACAACUUCACCAUCUGUAUCUCAAACCUAUUUGGAGAUUACAAUAAUGUUCUGCAGUUUGUUCAAACCAUGGAGAUGUACAAGCUUCUUGGUGUACAACGAGUUGUAAUCUACAACACCAGCAGUGGUUCUGACUUAAACAAACUUUUACAGCAUUAUGAGAGAGAAGGAAUUCUAGAGAUUGUACCAUGGCCUAUUGAUCAGUUCCUCAAUCCAUCUGCAGGAUGGGAUAUCACCAUUCAUCCAGGAGACCUUCAUUACUAUGGCCAGUUGGUAACUCUCAAUGAGUGCAUUUAUAGACAGAUGUAUCAGUCCAAAUAUGUUCUCUUGAAUGACAUUGAUGAGAUCAUCAUGCCUUAUAAGUAUGCUAACCUUCCAUUGCUGAUGGAGGAUCUGCGACAGAAGCACAAAUCUGCGAAUGUAUUUCUCAUCGAGAACCACAUUUUCCCCAAGACACAGUUUGAAGACAGUGGCAGAUUUGUUCUGCCAGAAUGGAAAAAUAUUCCUGGUAUCAAUAUUAUGGAACAUAUUUACAGAGAACCAGACAGAAAGAACAUUUACAACCCCACAAAGAUGAUCGUCAACCCCAGGAACAUGAUGCAAACUUCAGUGCAUUCAAGUCUGAAACACACUGGAGAUGUCUACCGGGUUCCUUUAGAUGUGUGUCGGAUCGUUCAUGUGAGAACACCACUACAGGGGAGUCUUACCAAGGAACAGUUAUUCGUUGAUACGAGAGUGUGGGAGUUUCAGCAAGAACUGAUCCCAAAUAUAAACAAGGCUCUGCAGUUAUCAGGAUUGUUGAUAUGAUAAAUCAGUAGUGAUAAGUUUGUUGUUGCUUCUGCUGCUGUUAAUUUCUUUAGUUUGUUCAAUUAUUUUGUUUCUGUGAUCCUACAAGGGAAUUAAUUUAUUAAAUUACAAAAUAAAUGGUAAGAAUAAUUUUACAUGAGUGGCAUAAUAGUUUCUAUGAGGGGUAACACCUUUGGACAUUUUGUGUUUUGGGGAUUUUCAGAUUGACUUUGUUUCUCCUUUUUGGGCUUCACAGAUUAAGGUGUUACAAUUGGUCCUGAUUAGAUACAUCAUCUAUGAUCUGGAUUUUUUAUUUGAAGUAUUAUUAUUUUUUAUUCUUUUUGGUCUUACAUUUGUUAAUGUUGUUUCCGUCUGAUUACUGUUUGCUUUAUGUUAAUGUUUGUUUCUCUGAUGUUCUCCUGGUUGAUUUGUGGGUCCUGUAUGUUGACGAUGUCACUAAGUAAACAUCAUCAUCUGCACUUACAGUA